AUGUCUGACGCCAAGGCUACUAACCCUACCGAGACCAAGAAGGUCACCGAGCCCGUUGUCCUCGAUGUCUCUGACAGCAACGUUCAAACCAAGUAUAAGGACGCCGGCAAGAUUGCUGAUGAUGUCCUCGACAGGGUCAUCAAGCUUUGUGUUGUUGAUGCCAAGAUUAUCGAUAUCUGUAUUGCAGGUGACAAGGCUAUCACCGAAGCUACCAAUGCUGUCUACAACAAGAAGGGAAAGAACAAGAUCACCAAGGGUAUUGGUUUCCCCACCACUGUCUCUGUCAACAACUGUGUUGCUCACUUCACCCCUAUUCCCUCUGAUCCUGAGGCCGCCACUACCUUGAAGGAAGGCGAUGUCGCCAAGAUUCAAUUGGGUGUUCAAUUCGAUGGCUAUUGUUCCACCGUUGCCACCACUAUUGUUGUUGGUGCUAAGGGUCCCGUCACUGGUUCUAAGGCUGAUGUUAUCAAGGCUGCUGAAACUGCCUUGGAAGCCACUCUCCGUAUGAUCCGUCCCGGUAACAAGAACAUGGAUGUUACCAAGACUGUUGAUAAGAUUGCUGAAGCUUAUGGUGUCAAGGCCGUUGAAGGCAUGCUCUCUCACAACCAACUCAAGGAUAAGACUGAUGGCGAGAAGCAAAUCAUUUUGAACCCCUCUGACAACCACUUGCGUGAUUUCAAGCGUAUCGAAUUUGCCGAAAACGAAGUUUAUGCUGUUGAUAUUCUUAUCUCUACUGGCGAAGGUAAGGUUCGUCCCUUGAAGACUCGUACCACCAUCUACAAGAAGACUGGCAUCCGUUACCAAUUGAAGAUGGCUGCCUCUCGUGCUGUUUUGUCUGAAAUCCAAACCAAGGCUGGUGCUUUCCCCUUCUCUCUCCGUGAUUUGGAGGAUGAACGUAAGGCUCGUAUGGGUAUUGUUGAGGCUGCCAAGCAUCAAACUGUCUUGCCUUAUGAUGUCAUGUAUGAACGUGAUGAAGCUGUUGUUGCUCAAUACUUGGCCACUGUUAUGGUCACCAAGAAGGGUAACACUUUGCUCACUCACCCUCGCUACGAUGCUGUUGAUGCUCAAUCCGACAAGUCUGUUAAGGAUGAGGAAAUUGUCAAGCUUCUCGCUACCACUUAUGAAGCCCCCAAGAAGGAGAAGAAGGAGAAGAAGUAA